GUCAUUACUGGUUUGAUAUCAUUAGAUUCGGAAGAGCUAGCGCUAAGAACUUGACAAGUUUGCUAAAAAUUCAAAGUUUCAGCCAUUUGCAAAAUAUGAAGAUGCUGUGCUUCUUGCUUUUUGUUCAUGUGUUGUUUUUGACAGGUGUUGAAAGUAGCAAUCCAAACUGGUCUUUGCUAUCUGGAAGACUUAAACAACUUGAUUUAAGUCCGUACAACAUUCUUUGGGGUGUGAAUAGUGGUCAUGCAAUUUGGGUACGUAAAGGCAGUGGAUGGACCAGAGUCGGUGGUGCAUUAAAACAUGUUAGUGUUGGAAACGGUGGAGUUUGGGGAGUGAAUAAACAUGAUAAUAUUUACUUUCGUGAAGGAGUGACAUUCAGUUCGCCAGUUGGCACAAGCUGGACUCAAAUAUCUGGAAGACUAAUGCAAAUUGACUCGGGACCUACAGGAAUUGUGUAUGGUGUAAAUUCUGGGCAUAGCAUAUACUGCAGAACUGGAAUCACUACAUCCAAUCUCAAAGGAACUGGCUGGAAACAUGUGUCAGGGGCAUUAAAAUAUGUCAGCUGUGGAAAAUUUGGCUGCUGGGGUGUAAACAAGCACAAUUAUAUCUAUUUUCGAACGGGAGUAACUCCUUCUAAAUGUCAAGGAGAUACUUGGAAACGUAUUCCAGGAUCGCUAAAACAAAUUGAGGCGACAGCAAGUGGUGCUGUUUACGGUGUGAACAUUCACAGAACAUUAUAUGUUCGUGAAGGAAUUCGCUCCGUUAAUCCUACUGGAACACAUUGGAGAUCCAUUGCUGCUCCCAAGUUUGAUCACGUGUCAGCUAGCUUAUCUCAUGUUUUCGGAAUUGAUCAAAAUGACAAAAUCUUUAAGUUUAAUGAACAAUGGCGUUUGAUCGCAGGCUCAUUGAAACAGAUUGAUCACGGUCUUUCUGUUGGUGUGUGGGGUGUGAACGCCAUGACAAUAUUACCGCCUUAAAGAAGAUUAUUCGUG